AUGACUCCUUCUCUGGCAACCGAUCAAGUGGCCGCGCCCCAGGCGGAAAAUGCCCCUCAGACCCAAGUUACUCUUGGCGGAAAGGUUAUUGCCAUCACCGGCGCCAACCGCGGUAUCGGUCUCGGUAUUGCCGAGUGUUGCCUCUCGAAUGGCGCAGCGAAAGUCUAUUCCAUUGAUAUAGGAGAGACUGGCGAUGAUUUCAAUGCUGUCUCCAAGCGCUAUCCAGACCGGCUCUUUGCUGUCACCGCUAAUGUGACUGAGGAAUCGACUAUUACGGCUGCGAUCGACAAGAUUAUUGAGGAAGCUGGUGCUAUCCAUGGAAUGGUGGUCAACGCUGGUCGUACACACCACAAGGCCGCUCUUGACUUCACCAAGGAAGACAUUGAGACCCUGUUCAAUGUCAACCUCUUCGGUGCUUUCUAUACCGCACGCGCUGCUGCUCGCGCAUUUAUCAAACUCGGAAUCAAGGGAUCUGUUGUCUUCACAGCAUCAAUGGCCUCCUACCGUCCCAAUAAGCGCGUUCCUUCUACCCCCUACGGUGCCUCAAAGGCUGGCGUGCGGAACAUGACCCACACUUUGGCAAUGGAAUGGGCACAAUACGGAAUCCGUGUCAACAGCGUAUCUCCCGGACUAGUGAAGACCGCCAUGACAUAUUGGGUUCCUCAACAGCCAGAUUGGGAACAGCAACUCAAGUAUUAUGGUGGGUUCCCUCGGUUGGCCGAGGUGCAGGAGCUUGGUGGUGCCUAUGUGUAUCUCCUCAGUGAGGCCGCUAGCUACACUACUUCCAUUGAUAUCCCAGUGAAUGGUGUGAUAGGAAUUUGUUAA